GUCCUCUUACCUCUUUGACUUUGUUGUCGCGACACUCACCAGCCCAGUCGGCCACGUCAUAUCCUCGCUCGCUCGCUCGUCCUCUCAUCACAACGAUGGCUUCCGAAACAUCCGCAAGUAGCUGCUCGAUUCACGUCUACUAUCGUCUUGACGGUAGUAGAGUUGCCUAUUUGAGGAGUGCGGCUGACAAGACGCGAAACUACUACGACCGAUUCCUCAGGCACGACUUGCGAUACUUGGGAUUCCGCGAUGCCCAAGAAACGUUACUACAGAGGGGCGUCGAGGGCAAGAUCGAGUGCAGAUGGCAUCCACAAGACGACGAGGACGACGUCGAGGUCAUCCGGGAGCAAGUUCACUUUCUUCAACAACCGGAUGCAGCGCGGAUGAUGGAGCUCUUGGAAAUUUGCAUGUGUAGCUCGAGGAUCGAGACGGUGCCAUCGCCCGCGUCUGUGGAUCCGCCCGUGACCCAAGCUUCCGCACCAAACCAACAGUCGGCAACGCUCACUGCAAGUACUCAAGUCGAUCACACUCCGUCAACCUACAUCAAGAGAGGACAACAGGACGACCGGGCCAUAGAAACGCGUCACAGCACAUCCCAAGCUACCGUCGACGCACCAACAGAACGAGAUCUUCUUGAACUCAGGGAUCUUCUCGAGCGACACCGAGCUUGCGAAGUCCUUCACAAGACCCAGAAUACCAAGCUCCAGGCUGAGUAUCGGUGUCUACAAGGAGAGGAGCGUCGGGCGACAGAGGAGCACAGGCGCUUGCGCCGGAUGUCGGAGGGCCACUCCAAUAGGGGCGCACACAGUGUAGGAAAGACAGCGCGACGAUAGUGGGACAGCACUCGAGUUGCAUUAGGUCGCCCAAAUUCUGCUCAGUUCGUCAUGGCCGCUGACAUCGCAUCUCGGCCCUCUUCGGUAAGAUAGAGUGUAGAGGUAUUUUGUCUUGAAAUAGAUUGUCAGCUGGAAAUGCUUGCCCACUCGCG